CGUGACGGAGAGAAAGAGAGCGAAUUCGCGAGUUAUCGUAGCGAGAGUGCUUGGCGGCGAAUAUAUAUCCCAUAUCGUGCGAGAGAAGAGACGUGUUUAUUCGCUCUUCGCCGAGGAUAUAUUCGCGGGGAGCUACAUACAAAGGUGGAAGAACUCGGAAGCGCGCGCGACCGUUGACGCGUUCCUUCGUCGACUCCUAGCGAUCGCCGCUCAUCAUCGACCCUUCACCGAUCCGGGACCCCAUCGCCGUUUUUCUCUCCGUGUCCCGUCGAGUGUGGUCGAGUAUCGCGUGUUCCACGCCACACGCAUCUGACUUCGACGUUACGUUAUAUAUACGUUCGCCUGCUGCUGCGAAUGUGGACACUUUACGGUGCGACGUGCCAUCGCCACCGCCACUGUGCGAUCUCGGCGAGAUCAGACGUGGUUCACCGUCGUACACCGACGAGUGUCAUCGCACGCUUGUGAAACAGUUCUCGCUCGCAAAGGAUCCGAUUGUCAAUCCGAUUACACGCUGCCAGCAAGAACGAGAGCGACAGCGAAGAGAUAGAUAGAGAAAAAGAGAGGGAGGGAGCAGAAGAAAAAACGAGAGUGAGAAAGAAAGAAAGAGAGAGGGAGAGAGAGAGAAGAGGCCGCCCGCUGACCGUCCGCUCCGUCGCUCCACACUUUCCUCCCACCCAAUUGGUAUCAAUGUUGUCUGGCAAUGGUGUGUAAGGAGAACGUGGUAUCAUGGUUUGGGAAUCUGUCCAGUUAUAAACGUAUCGAUGUGAUGUGCACAUUGCUAAACAUGUGCUUGCCGUUUGAAGUACGAUACCUUGGCACAUGCAUCGAGGAGAUCGGCAAGCGGGAUUAUAAUGACCUGCGCGACACGGAGCAUCAUGCGAACAAUGCCUCCGACGUGGCCGAACUGACGACCUCCAGCGUGACGGAUAAACGCACGCGAAGAAAACUGGCUCUUUACAUGGCACUAUUGCAUUCCUGCAAUUACGCCUGCGCGGUGAUCCUGUACAAGAAUCUGUCGAAUCUCGAUCAUCAGGAGGUCAUCAAUCUGAUAAACGGAACUACCUUUAAUGCGGAUGAUCAACCUCUGGAAGAGUUGCUACUGCUGUACACGAUGGCACUGAAUCAUCCGGCCUUCACGUACGAGCAAAAAAGCGUCUUCGGCAAUAUAUUCCUCAAACUCCAGGAGGAAGAAGCUCGUCUGAACUUCUCAAAAAUAAAUUCUUCUUUUAAACCGUCACAAGGUUGUACGCCGUGCAUGAGCACGAAUGAGAGGCUAAUGGAGCCUGAAAUCCCGAGUAGCUGUUUAAUGCCACCACCGCCGAUGCAGUCUUAUCACGGAGAAAUUGCAAUGAGGAAUGCUAUGGUCACUGGAAUGCCACCCGGCCUCACGAUACCUCCACCAGGAUUAUGUCUGCCCAGCCCGGAGCAAAUGCCUAUGGGAUCCGGCGGUACUACUCAAUACGUUCAUCUCGGUUUCCCAUCUAUGAACCAUAUGCCGCCUGCAUGGACGGGUCAGGUUAUGAUGGGAAACCAGCUGAUGUAUCACACCGGCGAUAUGUUGGCUUACCCACCUUCUCCCUUAGUCAGCCGCCAGUCAUCGCCGUCCCAAUCACGAUCCCCUAGUCGUAGCAACUCGCCGAUGGGUCGUGGCAGGAAUAACGUCAACCCGCGCACUUCGUCCUCGCAAGUAAUCCACUCCACCUCGAAUACGCUCACGACAUCAUCGAGCGGCUCGAACAGUCAAACGAGUAUCUCCGGCUCGAACGCUAUCAAUAGCAACAACAGUAACAACAAUAGUAAUAGCAGUAACAACAGCAACAACAAUUCUCUACCACUCCUCGGCUCAAGCAGAAGUCUUCCUAGUCAACAACCGUUACUCCCAUCGUCGCGAUCCGUUCCUCUGCCUAUUACGAGUACAUCGACCUUCUCUCGGCAUAACUCUGUCGACAACGCUCCGGCGACUCAAUCAAAACAACCACUGUCACGACUCAGGUCGUCUAAUUCCGGAGAUUCUCUCCGGGAGACUCUAGGCAAGGAGAUGCCGAACUUUAAGAGCAAUCUGCAGAAUUUUUCUUUAGACGAAAUCAGUAGGUUGAGCGAUGAAGAUUUGAGGGAAAUUGGCUUGCCAUCGAACGCGGUUGGACAAUUGAGGAGUAUAGUCAAGAGUCAAACCAACGGCUUAAAUCAGAUUUCAGGGGAUAAGAAGCUGGACAAUACUAACAAUACCGAGAUACUCGAGAAUGAAAAUGUACCAAAUAUGGAGGUCUUGGGUGAUAGCAGUAAUUCAAGCGGGAAAUCGAUACCGUUACAACAAGAACAUCCGACGAUGCAUAAUUAUCAGAAUCACGUAACUACUCACAAUGUACGGCGUUAUCCCAUGCCAUCGAUAGACCCCGCGCCAAUACAAAUGUAUCCUGGUCCGCCACAGAUGUACACAGCUCCGAAUUCAUCGUGUUAUGCUUGUCUCACUGUACCAGUAGCUGGAAUGCAAAAUCGGUUUUCACGAUGCAAUGCUCAGCACAUGUACUGCCUUGCGCAACUGCAAGCGCUGCGGCUCGAUUCCGAAAACAGUCGGCAUUGUUCUCAGAGCAGUAGCUCCGAUAGCACCGGUAGCAGAUCACCUCCGGAAACGCCGCCAGCCGUGCCGUGGGUAGGCAGUGACAAUAAUAAUGGCAUCCCGCCUGUCAACGACCACAUGAAUUCAGUGCAUUCGGCGCCGCCCUCGCAUAUCGCGUCGACAUCGACGUCUCAGCCGAUGCAGUCAUCGGUGCCACCGGAGAGCAGACAACUUACCAGAAAGAAUCCGCGCACGAUGCGGCAAAAGAGCCAGGGGAUGCUCAACGGACUCGGGAACAACGGAAAUAAUGGCGGACCGCCGAAUCUACCGCACUGCGUCUCCUUUCCAGGACCACCGACGCAUUCGCAGCUUGCAUAUUUGCCGCACGGUCACGCCUUCCCGGCUGCGCUGCGGCCCGGUAAUAGCGGUAUUUAUUCCAAUUUCUUGCACGGUCCGUCCGCGCGACCAGCUUACCCGUAUCAGCCGAACGGCGAGAUCAUGUACUCGUACACGGGACAUCCCGUCACCGCGUCCGGUAGUACUCCACCGCCACCACCAAAUGCGACGGCCGCCGCGACGCCAGUGCAAGCGUCGUACAUGCCGCCUACGUCGGUGGUGACGUACGCGACGGCGACGGUUAUCCCGCCAACGAAGAUCUCUUGCUACAACUGCGGUAGUAAUAGUCACCUUGCGAUAGACUGCAAGGAUCAGACAAUGGAGGACCUCACGAAGAAAGCCCAGUACCGACUGGAUUAUACAAUAAUGAAGCAGCCUGGGGAAUGUCCGAGUUCCGACAAGUGAUCCCCUGCGGACCACUCCGCCAGCACUUAUUACAAUGAUCACCGCCACUAUGACCGCAACUAUUGCCAUCAUCGUCAUCACCAACACCAUCACCAUCACCAAAAACAACACCGCCACUACUACCAGCAGCAGCACCAUCACUGUCAUUCUAAUUAUUAUCACCAGUAUGUCACCAAUGUGCACCGAUCUAAGGACAAGACGUUGCGAGAUGACGAUUGCUACCGUUCCUCAUUUCAGUUCUCGGUAAUUUUUCUCAACGUCCUAUCAUACAAUCACUAUAACAACGACGACGCUAAUGCUAACGUUGACGAUGACGGUGACAAUGACGCCGAUGCCAAGCACGACAGCGACGAAGUUUUUCUAACCGAGAACGUUUCGCGAUUCACGGUACCGGGUAUAUCUUUUACAAGUUCUUAUGUAUGAUAAUGUGAUCGCAAAGUAAUUUAAUAUUGUGUAAAAAUAGAAUGUAGUAGUAUAUUGUGUACAAAGAAAGAGCAGAGGCAAAAAAAGAAAACAAAAAAAAACAAAAAAAAAAAACGAGAAAUAAUCGAGAGACCGCGCCAUACACACUGGAACACAAUGUCUUGUCUGUAUUUCUUUUACCGUAGGACACCGUUUCGAGAGGUUUUUGGGUUUAAAUAAUGACUCGCGUCCUUCUAGCGACAUACACAUCUGUGAGCUAUUUAUCGCUGCGACUCCCAAUCUCUGCAGUGGUCUCCUAUUCUCCUUCCUCUAUAUCCCCAAAUUGUUCUCUUAACUAUUAGCUGUAAGAGAACAUGCGAAGAAUGGAUAAAUAAUGCAUUGUGCUGUAAACAGGGGUAAGGAAGCGAGAAUUAUACGAGAUUCGACUAUAUUUAGCAAUCGAUACUUUUACUUCUACUAUGUCUAUGCUAUUAUUAUUAUCACUACUAUUAAACUACAUUACUUCUACUAUCGCCAUUGGGCUCUACGACAUUUUUAUGUACAUAUAUUUUUCUCAAUUCUUACACGCGCGAUGAAUUGAUAAUGACGUGUGAAAAGAAAAAGCGUAUAAUAUAUAUGUGAGAUAAACAUGUAUUUUUGUGUGUGUGUGUGUGUGUGUGUGUGUGUGUGUGUGUGUGUGUGUGUGUGUGUGUGUGUGCGCCUGCGUGUGUGUGUGUGGGUGAGUGGAAAGUAUGACGGUGAGUGAAUGUGUGUAUGCGUAUGUAUCUAUGUAUGAAUGUGUACAUGCGAAAGAGAUAGAAUGCAAGAAAAAUGAAAGCUAAACGGAAGAGAAAGGGAGAAAAUGAGAGGCAGAGAAAAUAGAGGAGAAGAGUGAACAAGAAACCAAAAGUGUUCGAUCAUCUAAAGCCGUCGUUGCGCUCCUAUGUAUGUGUUUGUUCCGCGUACGCGUGAAUGUAUAAAAAAAAAGCGCGAAAUAUAUAUUAUAUACUUUAUAUAUAUACUUUAUAUAUAUAAAAAAAUAUAUAUAUAUAAUAUAUAUUUCGUAAUUAUACAUAUGUCUCUGCUGCUCACAACUCGUUUCUUAUCUUAUUGAUAGCUAUAGCUAGACGGCGAUUCUCAUAUUAUUAUUAUUAUUAUUUAUACACGAGUAGUCAUGCGAUUGCACGUGCAUUUGAAACUAUUUUAUACGACUUUUACGACCGAUCACCGGUGUCUUUGAACGCGAAAUCAAGCGUGAAAUCUUUUUUUUACGCGUUUGAUUGCAACAACAUUAGUGUGAUUAAGCGUGGUUAAUCUCAAUCUUUUUCCUCCCUUUGUACAUCUGUGUAUUUCUGUCUACAUUAUAGAAUUAUUAUUUAAAACAGGAGAAUCAAGAGCGAUUUUUUCCACGCUGUUAACAUCUUGAGAACUGCAAGAUUCUUAAGAAGCACAGAUUCUUAUGCAGAUUUCAAGAUAUUUUCAGAUUGGAUCAACAAUGAGAUAUACAAUGCAUUCUACACUUUAAAACUAAAAAUACACAAGUUUUAUUCCUUCA